UUGGUGGUGACGACGAGGCCGGGCUGCUUGCGGAUAAUACGUGGCCAAGAUGUCGUGCGAGGAGACGAGCGAGGAGCCACCGGUCGACGACUGCCUCAAGGAGCGCAGGUGGUGGUGCUUCCUGCUCUCGAGUAUCUUCACCUUUCUCGCGGGCCUCCUUAUUGUCCUGCUGUGGCGGGCUUUCGCGUUUCUCUGCUGUCGCAAGGAGCCCGAGUUCGCGCCCAAUGACCCCAAGCAGAAGGAACAGAAGGCCGCCCGCCAGGGCAAGGAGUUCGAGGGCACCUUCAUGACCGAGGCCAAAGACUGGGCCGGCGAACUCAUAUCCGGACAGACCACUACUGGACGUAUCCUCGUUGUGCUAGUUUUCAUUCUUAGUAUAGCGUCACUUAUAAUAUAUUUCAUCGAUGCAUCCAGCGAGGAGGUGGAGCGUUGCCAGAAGUGGAGCAACAACAUUACUCAGCAGAUAGACUUAGCUUUCAAUAUAUUUUUUAUGGUCUACUUUUUUAUACGCUUUAUCGCCGCCAGUGACAAGCUGUGGUUCAUGCUGGAGAUGUAUUCGUUCGUGGACUACUUUACGAUACCACCGUCUUUCGUAUCGAUUUAUCUGGAUCGGACGUGGAUCGGACUGAGGUUCCUCCGAGCCUUACGACUGAUGACGGUCCCUGAUAUCCUUCAGUACCUUAACAUUUUAAAGACAUCGAGUUCCAUUCGCCUUGCUCAGCUCGUCUCCAUUUUCAUCUCCGUGUGGCUUACGGCUGCUGGUAUUAUUCAUUUACUUGAAAACUCGGGGGAUCCAUUCGAGUUCAAGAAUCCACAGCAGCUGUCGUACUGGACGUGCGUGUACUUCCUGAUUGUGACCAUGUCCACGGUCGGGUAUGGUGACGUUUACUGCCAGACGGUACUCGGUCGCACAUUCCUAGUAUUUUUUCUACUCGUCGGUUUGGCCAUGUUUGCUAGUAGCAUACCCGAGAUAAUAGAGCUCGUAGGCAAUAGGUCCAAGUACAGCGGCGAGUACAAAAGGGAGCACGGAAAGAGACACAUUGUUGUGUGCGGCCACAUAACGUACGAGUCCGUUUCCCACUUUCUCAAGGACUUCUUGCACGAGGAUCGAGAGGAUGUGGAUGUCGAAGUUGUUUUCUUACACAGGAAGCCACCAGAUCUCGAGCUGGAGGGACUAUUCAAGCGGCACUUCACCACCGUAGAGUUCUUUCAGGGCACCAUUAUGAAUCCAAUAGAUCUGCAACGGGUCAAGGUCCACGAAGCUGAUGCAUGCUUGGUUUUGGCUAAUAAGUAUUGCCAGGAUCCUGAUGCUGAGGAUGCUGCAAACAUUAUGCGUGUCAUCUCUAUCAAAAACUACUCGGACGAUAUUCGCGUUAUCAUACAGCUAAUGCAGUAUCACAAUAAGGCCUAUUUGCUAAAUAUUCCAUCGUGGGACUGGAAACAAGGCGAUGACGUAAUCUGCCUGGCAGAGCUGAAGCUGGGCUUCAUAGCUCAGUCUUGCCUGGCUCCGGGAUUCAGUACGAUGAUGGCCAAUCUUUUCGCCAUGCGUUCCUUCAAGACGUCGCCGGACACUCAAGCGUGGCAGAACGAUUACCUGCAAGGCACAGGCUGCGAGAUGUACACGGAAACCCUGUCCCCGUCCUUUACCGGGAUGACAUUUCCCCAAGCCAGCGAGUUGUGCUUUACAAAACUAAAGCUACUACUACUGGCGAUUGAGAUCAAAGGGGAGGGUGGCGCAGACAGUAAGAUAUCGAUCAACCCACGUGGCGCCAAGAUUUCAGCCAAUACCCAGGGAUUCUUCAUUGCCCAAUCAGCCGACGAAGUCAAACGAGCGUGGUUUUACUGUAAGGCCUGUCACGAAGACAUUAAGGAUGAAACUUUAAUCAAGAAGUGCAAAUGCAAAAAUUUGGGGCAGCAGCAGCGUUCCUGGGGCCGGGACCUAGACGACCACCAUCCUCCCCCUACAUUCACCCCGCCAGAACUGCCCAAGAUGGUUCACGUAAGAGGUGAAAUCAGCCGGGAUCGAGAAGAUUCAACGGCGAUGCGCAACCACCGCAACUCAGUGGGAAUGACGACGAUGAACUCGACGAAGCAAGUCAACAAGGUGAAACCGAACGUAAACAGGACCGCUAGCGAUGGCCUGGCUAGUCCUCAGCAGCAGCAGCAGCAGCCGCAGCAACCGUACAAUCAGAGAACACAGCAGGAAGAGUCCGCAUAUACAGGCUACCAUCUUGCCUACGAAGUGAAAAAGCUCAUGCCAACGAGUCGAGCGUCCGGAGGCUCGAGCGCGACGCAAAAUGGAAGCCUGCAGAUCGGCAUAGCCGACGAUCAAGCGAAGGACUUUGACUUUGAGAAGACGGAGAUGAAGUACGACUCGACGGGCAUGUUUCACUGGAGUCCGGCACGCAACCUCGAGGACUGUAUCCUGGACCGGAACCAGGCGGCCAUGACCGUAUUGAAUGGCCACGUGGUCGUCUGUUUGUUCGCCGACCCCGACUCGCCGCUCAUCGGGUUGCGCAACCUCGUGAUGCCGUUACGCGCCUCCAACUUCCAUUACCACGAGCUGAAACACGUUGUGAUCGUCGGCUCCGUCGACUACAUCAGGCGCGAGUGGAAGAUGCUGCAGAAUCUGCCAAAGAUUUCGGUCCUAAACGGUUCGCCACUAAGUCGAGCAGACUUGCGUGCCGUGAACGUGAAUCUGUGCGACAUGUGCUGUAUCCUGUCGGCAAAAGUGCCUAGCAACGAUGACCCUACCCUCGCCGACAAGGAGGCCAUUCUUGCAUCCCUCAACAUUAAAGCCAUGACAUUCGACGACACGAUAGGUGUGCUCAGUCAAGGUAAAAACUCUUCAAAUUUUUAUUUUUUCCUUGGCAGUCCUAUUGUUCUUCAGAGAAGGGGAUCUGUUUAUGGAGCGAAUGUACCCAUGAUCACAGAACUCGUGAACGACAGCAACGUCCAGUUUCUCGACCAGGACGAUGAUGACGACCCGGACACGGAGCUCUACCUCACUCAGCCGUUUGCCUGCGGUACGGCUUUUGCCGUGAGCGUGCUAGACUCGCUGAUGUCGACGACUUACUUCAACCAAAAUGCCCUGACUCUGAUACGAUCGCUGAUCACCGGUGGUGCAACGCCCGAGCUCGAAUUGAUACUGGCCGAAGGGGCUGGGUUACGGGGAGGCUAUAGUACCACUGAUAGCUUGGCGAAUCGUGAUAGGUGCAGGGUGGGUCAAAUAUCGCUUUACGACGGGCCAUUGGCCCAGUAUGGCGAGGGAGGCAAGUACGGCGACCUGUUUGUCGCAGCGUUAAAGUCUUACGGAAUGCUGUGCAUUGGUCUGUACAGAUUUCGCGACACGAGCUCGUCCUGCGAUGCAUCCUCGAAGCGUUACGUUAUAACGAAUCCACCCGACGAUUUCACACUGCUGCCGACCGAUCAGGUUUUUGUGCUGAUGCAAUUCGACCCGGGCCUGGAGUACAAGCCGAGCCGCGGUGCCCGGAACAAGGACGACGCUUCCUGACUAUUGCUGUGUAGCUCCCUCACAGACGGACCGUACUCUUAUGUUUAAGCGGAUGACGCAUCCAACGGUAACGCAAGCCGUGCCGCGCUGCCGCCGACAACGACGACUUCACCACGACGCCCCGUGCCUCCCUUUCGUUGCGAAUCGAUAUCUCCUUGGAGCUGGAAUAACUACGUCGAAAACGACGCCUACGGCCACCAAGAAGACGAUCACGCUGACGUAUGGAUGAUGAUUCGGAAACACGCGCGCGUGCAGUUAUUACUUUCUCCUAAAUGUAGUGGCCUAACUCGCACCCCACGACGCUCGCCAUGCCCCGCUACUGUGCCAAUUCAUCAUCCGUUAUUACCCACAGUUACGGCGAAUCGGAUCAAUGUAAAAAAAAAAGCCAGGGCUCACUUACGCGUUACUACUAUACUACUACCACUGCUGCUACUACGACUAAUCCUUCUAGAGAUCGCCCAGCCCAUCAAUGUUAACAAGUUGAUAACAAUGGAAAAAAAACUUUGCAGCAAUAUUGAAGCUCUACUCAUAUCUGUGUGGCUCGUUAAAAUGAAGUUUGUUGAGACGCACGUAUUCAUCUGGACAUUCAGGUGAGAGAAAGAAAAGAAGAUGCGCACAAAUAAUAAGUGAAUGAGAAGCGCACACCAGCACGGGCGGAAGGGACGAAAAAGCUUCGAGAGUACUCGCAGUAAAAGUACAUGCAAACACACACAAUCAUGCACAUAUACAAGCUUAGCGAAUGUGUAGCUUGUGUGUGCACACGGGCACGAGAAAGUUUAGUGUGAAGACGCCAGGCGACGCGACAAGAUUCAUUAUACGGUCCAGAGGGUAGCUACACGAACGUCAAAAAGUAUAGGAUUAAAAGUAGAAAAAAAAAAAA